CUAAAGUAUUAAGGAAAUGAAUGAAGCAGGACGACAUGCGAUGACAAUGGUCUAAUCCAAUCAGAGGGCAGAAUGUCGGGGCACUGCAGCACGCCUCUUUGACUCAUUGCUUCAUUUGGAGUAUUAUAAGCCCUAAUUUGGUCUAACAAGGAGCAAUUAAAUUUUGUAUAAAAAACGGAAAUGUAAAGUAGUAAAAGCAACCACUUCCAGUAAAAACAAAUCCUAAAUAUAAAAGAACGGGGAAAAAACCCGAGGUCUUCCGUUGUGAAGCUUCGCCAGGCUUGUACCUGGAAAACUAAAUUCUGGGCAAAGAAACAUCUCAAGUAAUGAAAGGCACCAUUGAAAGUGUGGCGGAAACAAACUGCUGCAUCUGUUUUUGGCCAUGUUUUCAUAUAAAACAUUUAACUGUAGCUUCUGUCAGUGUAAUAAAAGGUUGCGAGGUUAAAAUGUUGAAAGUACUAAAUACAUAGCCAGAGCUUUAGCGUAGCCUCAGCUGUGUACAUCAACCCUUAGCUUGUGUCGCUAUUAUUUUUGCCACGGACAGGCUUGGUUUACGGAGCCUUUUCAGUGUAACACCUCACACUCAACAUGGCCGCCGCGAAGGUCCACGUUAGCUCAGGUGGUAGGCGGGGCUGCAAGGCUAGUGUCAAACUUUGGGAAUGACAGGAGUGCUGCAGGAUUCGCAAAGAAGGGGAAGUGUCGCCCUUGUUGGUUCUGUUUGGAUUACUUGGACUUGUUUUUACACUCAGUCUUCGUCUUCGGCACAUCUCCAUACAUAGACCGGCCUUAGCACAUUAAUUCCUCAGCCAUGUCGGAGGACCCGAGCUCCCAAACCUGGUCCAUCAACAAGGAUGACUAUGAGCUACACGAGGUGAUUGGGAGUGGAGCGACAGCUGUGGUCCAAGCAGCCUACUGUUUACCACGCAAAGAGAAGGUGGCCAUCAAGCGUAUCAACCUGGAGAAGUGCCAGACCAGUAUGGAUGAACUUCUGAAAGAGAUUCAGGCCAUGAGUCAGUGCCACCAUCCCAACAUUGUGUCUUAUUACACCUCCUUCGUGGUAAAGGAUGAACUUUGGCUGGUCAUGAAGCUGCUCAGUGGUGGCUCAGUGCUGGACGUAAUCAAACAUAUCAUCUCGCGAGGUGAACACAAGACGGGCGUCCUGGACGAAGCCAGCAUAGCCACGGUGUUGAGAGACGUGCUGGAGGGUCUGGAGUAUCUGCACAAGAACGGGCAGAUCCACAGAGACCUGAAGGCUGGAAACAUUCUCCUGGGGGACGACGGUUCUGUUCAAAUUGCAGAUUUUGGCGUCAGUGCCUUUUUAGCAACAGGUGGCGACCUCACCCGCACUAAAACACGCAAGACGUUUGUGGGCACACCGUGCUGGAUGGCUCCUGAAGUCAUGGAGCAGGUGAAAGGCUAUGACGUCAAAGUAGACAUUUGGAGUUUUGGUAUCACAGCCAUUGAACUUGCAACAGGAGCUGCACCUUAUCACAAAUAUCCACCACUGAAGGUGUUGAUGCUGACGCUGCAGAACGACCCUCCGACCCUGGAGACCGGCAUCACAGACAAGGAGAUGGUGAAGAAAUAUGGCAAAUCCUUCAGGAAGAUGAUCUCAUUGUGUCUACAGAAGGACCCAGAGAAAAGGCCAACAUCCUCCGAGUUGUUGAAGCAUAAAUUCUUUCAGAAAGCAAAGACCCACGAGUAUUUACACGAGAAGUUACUCCAGAGGGCGCCCACAAUAUCAGAGAGGUCAAAAAGGGUACGCCGGGUGCCAGGGUCCAGUGGUCGGCUGCACAAAACAGAGGACGGCGAGUGGGAGUGGAGCGACGACGAGCUGGAUGAAGAGAGUGAAGAGGGCAAGGCUGCUGUGGCGGCUCUACGAGAGCAGCAGGUGAAGCCUGUUAGCGCCCCCAAACGACAAGUGCGCUUCUCCCUCCCACUCGAGCUGCCUGCGUCCAGGUCACCCAGAGUGAAGGACGCAACACAGAAUUCAGAGGUUUUCCAGACUCCUGAUCCCCCGAGUAAUAAACUGCAGCCACCGACUGCAGGUCAGGCAGAACUACCUCAGGCUGCAGGCCAGGUUCCUCUGCAGCCCACACCAGUCAACACUCAACCCACUGCCCAGGCUGCAGCCCACACGGGCAGUAUCGCUGCUGCUCCCACACAGGCUGCAGCCAAUUCAGGGGACGUUAAAGCUCCCAUUAGUUUGGUAUUAAGGUUAAGAAAUUCAAAGAAGGAACUCAAUGACAUCCGUUUUGAGUUCAUGCCCGGCAGAGACACAGCAGACGGUGUGUCUCAGGAGCUGGUGUUAGCAGGCCUGGUGGAUGGGAAGGACUUACUAAUAGUUGCUGCAAAUUUGCAGAAAAUAGUCGAUGAGCCACAAGCCAAUAAAAAUGUCACUUUCAAACUGGCGUCUGGAAUCGAGGGCUCUGAAAUACCAGACGACAUCAAACUCAUGGGCUUUGCUCAGCUCAGCAUUAAUUAAACUGUUGUUCUACCUGGAACCGUGACUUGCCUAAAAAAUGUGAAAAUUAAAAAAAAAAAUAGUUUAAUGCAUUAUUUUUUUUCUUUCUAUGGCUGUAAAGAAACCACUACUGCCAAAGAAAACAGUAUCGUUCUGUCACCCAUAGGAUUAUGAGACGCCCACUGUCGGACGAUG